AUGGACGCCGUCGGCCGUCACGUUGCGCUUCGCGUCGUGCGAAGAGGCGGACGAGCGCUGCUCGACCAUUGUUGGGACGACGCCGAGCACACCGGGGACUCGGGCGCGACGCACGAUGGAGUCUCCACGCGCAUCGCGGCGUGGUUCGUGAACUUAAUGUUGGCGGUCGCGCUGUUGAUUUACACCGUGCGAACGUGGCCGCCGCCCGAGAGAGUGUUCCCUAGGAGACGACCGCUGCUGACGGUGCCGUGGUGCUGCUGGGCGCGCAUCUUGGGAUACGGCGUAUUCGAUUGGCGCACCGGGAGGCUCGCGCCGUGGAUCGACUUUUUGAGGGAACGUCACGAGAUCCUGAACGUUUUCGCGGGGGAUUCGAAGUUUACCACGAAGAAGUGUCGGUUCGCGCACUUGCUGACGGAGCUCGCGAGCACGGCGGCGGUGUCGAUGGUGUUGACGGAUCUCACGACUGCGAAGGUGAGCGGCGGCUUCUGGACGAAGCAAAUAUGGGUGUUUGCGUUGUUGAUGACGUACGACAUCGUGCUCGGGAUCGCGCUGAGAUUGGCGGCGCUGGGGGCGACCAAGGCGAGUUUCGAAGCCGCGGAGAACGUGGGAUUUGAGUGCGCGGAGAACGGAGAGUUAAUGGAUUUGGAGAACGAGGAGCAGCUCAUCGAGAUGGGAAUAAAGGCGACGCGCGCGUUUAACGCGCUUCAGAACAGAUUCGUGAUGGUUUGCUUCAUGUUUUCUUGCACAAAUCUUCUUGUGAGCGCGCUCUGGACGCACUUGUCAAAUCCCGCAGACGGAUGCGGCGACUCUGUGAACACCUUCAUGGCGUACAUAUACGUCUUCGGUCUGUAUCAGGGAUUUAACUUGAUCGUUAUUAGUCCAAUGUCGCUCUCGGUGCGAUGGUCUCUGGCCGCGUUCCUCGUCACGCGAAUACCUGAGGUGAAGACGCCACAAGAGACAAUGAACUGCUGUUGGCGAGCGAGGUGCCCAAAGCUGUGUGGCUGCGUGCCGCCGCUCGUCACGCCGCUCGAUCAACGCACGGUGAGUCGAUUAUUCAUGAGCCCGCGGAAGGUGGAUAGAGUGACGACGAAGGACAUCGCCGCCGUCGCCGCGGCGGCUGGAACAUCGCGGUACUCCUCUCAGGAGUCGCCGUUGACUCCGAUGACGCCUGUGCCAGAGAUGACGAGAGAUGCAGAGCCAGGACAGAAUUUGUUCCCUUCGCCGUCGCCUCGAUACACCGACGUCGACGCAUCGACCGAAUGCGUCGACGAAGAGAUGGGAACGCCGGUGGAGGUGACGCCAGAGUUACAAAGAUCGUUGAGCAGAUCGAUGAGUCAUCGCGACGAGCCGUCUCCUGCAGACAAGUACGACAUGCUUCGCCGUCAGGUGUCGAUGCGCAGUGAAAUCGAUCCGAGCGACAUCGAUUACGUGCGUUAUCCACACGGGAACCUGGAAGAUCCGUCGACGAUCGAGGAAGAAAAUCAAGAGCCGGAACAAAUCGCGAGUGAAUCCGCAUUCGCCGCCGCGCGCAUGGCUCUCAUGUCCGCUGGCAAGCUCACGCCGGAGCAGGCUUCGCGCACGAAGCACGUCACACAUAAUUGGAACACCAUGCUCGAGCGUUCCGCCGACCACGAUGAAUCGCCGUCGGUCACCGUGGCUGAAGACAUCCAGAACACGCCCAAGGAAACGUCGCCACCGACGUACGAUGGGCGCGACUCACCCAAACCGACACCGCCGAAGCGCCGAUCGUCCAAAUCCAAAGAGUCUGCCGAGAGUUUAUUCGACGAAAAACUAGACGAAGACCCGUGGGGGGAAGACGCGUGA